AUAAACGGACUCAAACCAAACGGCUUCAGAAUAAAUGGAGUCAGACUAAACAGAGUCAGAACAAAAGGGUUGAGACAAAACGGUUUCAGAAAUAAAUUAAUCAUUUUAUUUUGAAGGGGACACGUCAUUAAUCUAAUAGCGGGACCAUAGGGCGUGACAAAAAACGUCAUCAACAUGCGACCACUACAACAGGUACUGGCCCGGGAAAGUGGACACGGCGCUACAGAGAAGAAAUAGAAAAAGAAGAAGAAGAAAAAGAAGAAAAAGAAGAGGAAGAAGAGGAAGAAGAAGAAGAAAGUGGACACGAAAACAACUGUCAAAGAUGUCAGCAGAGAGAGGGAGUGAAAGGAAUGCAAUGAUACAACUGCUAUUCAACAAUGGUUUUAAACAGAGGGAAAUCAGCAGUAUGCUGGCUUCAUUUGGACAUAAAAUCAGUGAGAGACACCUGAGAAGAGUGUUACAACUAUUAGGGUUGAGGCGAAGAAGCCACCAGCGACCUAUCACUGAAAUACAAAAUGCUGUGGAGAGUGAGAUAAGACACUGUUCACCUGAACAAGGCAUCAGGGCGAUGCUAAGGCGGGUUCGGGAUGUUCGAGGAGUAAGGCCAUGCUACAGAGAUGAUGUUGCUAAAGUAAUGAGGGAUCUGGAUGCAAGUGGUCUUCAGAGAAGAUCUCCUGGCAAGAAGAAAAUCCAACGCAGGAACUACAUCAGCUGUGGUCCAAAUGACACUUGGCACAUUGAUGGCAAUGACAAACUCAAGUUCUUUGGUAUGUGGAUACAUCUCGGGAUUGAUGGGUUCUCUAGGAAGGUUCUCUGGCUGAAGGUUGGCACUUCCAACCGCAAGCAAAGAUUUGUGGCAAGAUAUUUCUAUGAUGCUGUUCAGGAACACGGUGGCUGUCCCCAGUUGAUUCGAUCCGACAGAGGAAAGGAGAACCUUGUUGUUGGUCAAAUGCAGAUGGCAUUUCACAUGCGGGAGUUGGGGAACCAGGCAUGGAAGUGCUUCAGAAUGGGGACAUCGGUGCACAACCAGAGAGCUGAAUGCUUCAACAGCAUUUUAAAGAGGACAUGGAUAAAGAAAUGGCUGACAACAUUUGAGGCCAUGAUGGAGUCUGGCAUCCUUGAACUCGACAACCCUGUACACAUCAAUUGUUUGCAGUACACGCACCUACUACUUUUCCAGGAAGAACUGGAAACUGAGCGGGCUCUGUGGAACACCCACGACAUCCGUAAACAACGCCAUGCACCAGGCCCAUUUGGGAAGCCAGACCUUCUGUACACCUCACCACCUCCUGGUUUUGCAGAAAUGCUGUACACAGUGGACACAGAUCUUCUCGACCAUGCAAAAGACAUUAUCAGUGAGAAAGAUGAACCAUCGAUGGUGGCAAACUCGGAAUUCAGAGAAAUGUGCCAGAUCAUCUUAGGGAAAAGUCAGUUUCCACGUACAGUAGAGGGCUGCCUUGCUGCAUACCUUAUGGUAGUGAAGGAACUCACCACUGCCAUGACUAGGAACACGCUUCCCACACCCUCUACAUUUGCAGAGGCAAAUGAAAUGUACAAGUUUUUGAACAGUGGAAAUAUUUAAGUGGAGUGACUGGUUCUUUAGGAAAAUAAAAAGUAUGCAAAUAA